AAGGAAUUGUGUACAUUUUUUUGAAUGACUUGAUUCGCUAAUAUUAUAAAUUACUCGUCCCUUUUAAUUAAUAAAAAACUUGUGUACAUUCUCAAUUCAUUUUUGCACAAAGGAAUUAAAAGUAUUCAUUAUUAUCUUAAAUAUUAAUUCUAUGGCGAACCAAAAUCAAGCAAAUAAAUUGAACGGAACAUUUUUUUCGGGUAUAUAACGACCCGAAACUUGGUUAGAGAGGGGAGUUUUAGAGGUGUUUUUCCAAAAAUGUUAAAUAUAAGGAAACGGAAUUUGGGAUGGCAGCAACUAAGGCGUUUAUUAUCAACGGCAAUUCCACAAAGGAUAGAAGAUGAAGGUGACUGGUUUUAUUCAUCCGAAUGGUGGGCCCCUACCUCCGCCGGCGACACAGUUUUCCGUUCAAUUUCCGAUGACGGAAACGGCGUCGUUUCUGUCGUAGCUUGUCCUUCUUCUAGACCAGAAAAUUGUUAUUGGGCAAGAACAGAGAAUUGGCUUCAGAAGAGGUAUGAAAAAAUAUAUCCACCGCGUGAGCACGAAGGAAAUUUCAGGAUUCUUGGUUACCAAUGGCGUAAUCUUCACUUUAAUGACGAAACUCGUCAAAGCACAGUUAAAAUAAUGGCUGCUUACAGGGAUUCACAUCCUGGUUUUAUAUUCUUGAUGCAGCAAGCAGAGUGUCUCGCUGUUCCAUAUGUGAAAAGCAUGGUCUCAGCUGGCUUGGCUACAAUAGCAUCUUGCAAAUUUGAUCUUGAAAGUGCAGUUUAUGGGAGAAAACCAAUGAAAAUUUUAUGCAUUGGGCAUGGUGGAGGAAGCAUUCCGUUGUUUUUGGCGAGUAAAAUCCAAGGUGCUGAAGUGCACAUAGCUGAAAUCGACCCUGUGGUAAUCUCAGCCUCAGUCCAAGCAAUGGGGUUCCCAUCGUACUCAAUUAUGACCCCAAAUGGUAGUCGUGCAUACUCAACUCCUGAUCCUAUUGAAGAAGUUCUAUGGAAAGGCAUUCAUGAGAGGAUUCAAUUACACAAGUCAGAUGCUGAGAAGUUCCUCCUCGAGAACAAGAAUCUUUACGAUCUUGUUUUCAUCGAUGCAUAUGACGGGGAAGACAUCUUUCCUCACGCGCUAUGGGAUACAGAUUCUCCAUUCCUCAAUGCUCUCGCUGACCAACUUCACCCUGAGCAUGGAACCAUUGUCGUAAACCUUCACUCAGAUGUAGACUUCAGGGAUGCUGAUUUCAAUCCGCCUGGUUCUCACCUUUUGCCAAUGGGGAAGUAUAUUUCGAAAGUGUGCAGAUCAUAUAAAGAAGUUCUGUUGGGGAGUAAUAAGAGUUCCUAUAAUGGUCUGGCUUAUGUAGUUUCUGUGCCUUGGGUUUGUAAUACAUCACUUGUUGUGUGUAGAGGUUUAGGGAAAUCUAGUAGGGAUAUGGUCAUGAAGACUAUCAUGUCUAGAGCUCGAGUUGUUGAGAAUAUUCUUGACUUGCCAUUUUCUUGUAUGCAAUAUCUGAAACGAGGUUUUACUUUGGUGAAUUAAUGUGAAUUUAUCUUGA